CAAGGCCGUACGCGGAAGAAACCGCGGCAGCCCAUUCCCCAUGCCCAGCGCAAGAAAAAGGGGCAACCCAACCGACCGAUCGAACGGAAGCAAUCAAAGCCAGCCGCGGCGCCCUCUCUUCUCUUCCCAACAACAAGCGAGAGGAGGAGAACGCGUCGUCGUCUCGUCCCCGCUCCGCCAGACCGCCACCACACCCCGCGCAAGAGCCUUCAGCACCGGGCGGGCCCUCGCCACGCGCGUUCCCCCCCAAUCUGCAGCAAGCGGCGGGAGCGGCGGCCCCCCCUCCUCUUCCCUCCACCGCGGCCGAGCUCGCCGGCGUUACCCUUGCGUGCUGCAGCUGCCGGUGGUGGUUGGAGAUGACGCACAUGUUUCCAAGGGGAGGUGCCUCAUCUAGCUCAACCUCUAUGAGCAGCCAGAGGAGUGAGACGGAUGAUGAUAGGAUGAUUGCAAUGGUUCUCUCCGAAGAAUAUGCCAAGUUAGAUGGUGCUAUGGCCAAGCGUCUUACGAAUUUAACAUCGAUUCCUCAUGUUCCCCGGAUUAAUACAUUCUUCCCGACAUAUAGUGAUGCCACUAUGGACCAUUAUCGCCUUCUUGAUAGGCUAAAUGCAUAUGGCUUGUUCGAGGUGAGAGUAGCUGGUGAUGGAAAUUGUCAGUUUCGUGCACUCUCAGACCAGCUAUACCGUUCACCUGAUUAUCACAAGCAUGUUCGAAAGGAGAUUGUAAAGCAGCUCAAGGAAUGUAACUCCUUGUACGAAGGUUAUGUUCCAAUGAAAUAUAAACAAUAUUGCAAGAAAAUGAAGAAAUCUGGUGAAUGGGGUGACCAUGUCACACUUCAAGCAGCUGCUGACAAGUUUGCUGCGAAGAUCUGUCUUCUAACAUCAUUCAGAGAUACCUGUUUUGUUGAAAUUGUUCCGCAAUAUCAAACUCCACAGAGAGAGAUUUGGCUAAGUUUCUGGUCAGAAGUUCACUACAACUCACUGUAUGAUGCUCGAGAUAUCCCUAGCAAGUACAAACCUAGAAAGAAGCACUGGUUAUUGUUUUGAUAACCACGGUUGAUUUUGCUUCAUACUGGUGGGUCAAUAUGCUUUACUUACACCGCUGUUGGCUGGUGGCAUCCUGGAGAUAACCCUUAUGUGGAUUUAUCCCCUAUAGCUCGGAGUGAACAAUCUGUUGUGUUUGCUCCUUGUGGCAGCAUCAUACAUGCAUACAGCACCUGAUACAGUUACAAUGCUGACCUGAGCCUUGUGAAUAUAUACACCCUACACUGACAAACAGGUUGAUUGUAUACCUUUCCCUAUUCGUUCGUUGUUAUAUUCUUUAUUUAUUUAUACAGCUACAUAUUGGUGCUCUUCAUCAGUCCAUUAUUCACUUCAUUUUUGGAACA